AUUGUUCUAAAGCUUAACCAACAUUAGUAGAAAGAGUUUAAAAAAAAAGAUUUGAAAAGAAAGUGUUUAAAAUGUGAUUGCGGAAGUGAAAAGAAACUUUACUUAAGAGCUGAUUAUCAUUAACUGUGUUUCCGGAAGUGGAGAGUAACUAAACAAAGGAUUUUAUUUUUUGAAAACUGGAAUAAAUAUUUGCUUAAAUUUUAGAACUUCCGAACUCUUCCGCAGGAUGUCUAAUGUGACAGGUAGCAAUCAAGCUUCACCUGAAACCGGUGAUAAAAACUCAUCAGAGCAGGGAUUUGAUAAAAACUUUCCAAUAUACGUUGGUAUUGCUAUAGGAGCGGGUAUUUUUGUGUGUCUCGUCAUCAUUGUCGUAAUACUGCUAUAUAAAAAGGGAACAUUUAGGAAGUUACGUCGUAGAGAGAGCGGAUCAAGCACACGGCGGCUCUACUUCCGGGGGUUCAGUACGGUAUCACAGAGAGGGGCCAUAGACAGCACUGCCGAGUUCGAAAUUGUGAACACCAUGAGUGUUAGUAGUGAAGAUGGUGGUGAUAAGAACAGGAAAAACUCGAAAUCGGAAAUGGUUCCGAAGAAACCCGAACGUAAACGGACUAGAACUUCGUCUAACAACGUAAAAUACGAAAAUGUGACAUUGGAUACAAAUGCUGGCUUUGUAGUGAGAAAAAGCGUGAGCAUGAGUUCCGGAAUACCAUACAUUGACAAUACUUUAGAAAGUAGAAUAUCCGAGAAAGACGAAGAUCUAGAUGAUGUUUUUCACUGAUAGGUUACAACAAAAUCAAAUAAACUGAAACGUCAUUGGCCUCAGUAAAACGAAACAAAAUAACGCAAAAUGAUAUUAAAUCCUAAGUUGCAUCUAAAAACGCUGUGUAUAUUUCAUCUUCUUGUCUAAAGAAUGGACAAAGUCUCCAGAAAAAUGUGUAUGUCUGUUUUAUACGCUAAAUAGAAGUUUACUCGAUUUAAAAGAUAGUGGACAAAUUUAAUAUUGGAAGUGAAUAGCAAAAUUUUGUAGCAGUGGUCUAUCGGAAGUUGGCAAUUCAAUCCGGUUGACUAAGGACUCGGACUUGAAUUCUGAUCAGAGCCAGUACCUUGAAUGUUGUAAAACGGAUGUGGAACAUGAUUUCAUGGAAUUAAUGUGAACAUGUUCAGUACUCUUAAAGUCAUUUAGCGCUUUCCGUAAUUCACAUAAGACAUUUUCUACACGAAGGAAUGUAAAACUGAGAAAUGAAAUGAUAUUCCUCAUUCCAAGAUCAUUACAAUUAGUUUGAAGACCAGCUCCAGAAUGUAAAACUGUCAUUUGUAGGUUUUAAAACUGUGCUCAGAAAUAACCAGUCAAAUUAGCAGUUUUUACACUGUUCUUAUAAGCCUGUACAAAGUUUUAAACAAUUUUAAACUAAGACCUAGGGCGCAACUCUGACGUGAAGCAAUUGCUCUGUUUCUUUUUUAAAUUUUUCUUUCAGAAAAUAGAUCGUGUAUUUACAAACACGUAGCACAUUUGACGAAGAUCCCUGUGUAUUGAAAGCGGAAUUAUGUUGAUCUGCUAUCAUAGCUACAGUUCAUCACUAGACAUAACAAAUAGUUCACAUACAGGCCAACUAUGCCUUAAAAUUCAUUGUCCUCGUAAAGAAACGGUAACAUUUGGUGGUAAUAAAAGAAAUAUCAUUUAUUGCUAAA